AUGGAUGAAGCUGAAUCCAUCUCCAUUAUCUCUAUUGUCGGGAAAAAUAAUAGUGAUUGCGGCUACUGUCACUCGGAGGACACGUCGUUUACAUAUGGAAUCUGGGCGCACGCUCUUUCGUAUUCAGAUUAUCAAUCGCUCAUUGACCGAGGCUGGAGAAGAAGAUCAGGGCAUUACGUUUAUAAACCCGACUUGCGCAAGAGCUGCUGUCCACAAUACACUAUAAGAUUGGACGCACAAGAAUUUAAAAUAUCCAAAUCACAACGAAAAGUCCUGAACAAGUUCAAUCGUUUUAUUGACGGCACAUGGGAUCCCGACACCAAGAGUGAGAAUACCCCACAGAAAAAGCCUCCCAAACCGAAAAAUGACCAGGCAUUAACCGACAUUAUUCAUGCAGCUGAAACCCAGGACAAGGAUUAUCGGCACAAAUUGGAGCCAUGUCAGAUUGUGUUGGAACCAGCUUCAUAUACGAAAGAGAAAUACGACGUAUAUUGCAAGUAUCAGACGGUGGUUCAUAACGAUAAAAAAGAAGAGCUUUCCACAAAGUCGUUUAAGCGGUUCCUUGUUGAAUCGCCGAUGAAGGUGGAAAAAACGACGAACACAAGCGUGGGUUACGGCUCCUAUCAUCAAAAGUACUUGCUCGAUGGCAAGCUAAUAGCUAUGGCUGUGCUGGACAUUUUGCCAAAAUGCGUUUCUUCGGUGUAUUUCUUGUAUGAUCCCGAUUAUUCAUUUUUGGGUCUUGGAAAAUACAGCGCUCUCCGCGAAAUCAGUCUAGUUCAAGAUCUUAAUCAGCAGAAGGGAAAGGACGACCUAAAGUGGUAUUACAUGGGCUAUUACAUUCAUUCUUGUCCAAAGAUGAACUACAAGGGCCAAUAUCAACCAUCCUAUCUGCUGGACCCUCUUGCAUACCAAUGGUUUCCUCUUGCCGAAUAUCAGAAACUGCUGGAUACCAGGUCUUUUGUUUCGCUUGCACGUCCAGAUAAGGAAGAUGCCGACCCAGGAGUCCCACCGGGUUGGCUGGAUCCAGGGAGCUUGACUCGCGAAGACCUGAAAAAAGUCCUGCUGCUUGUUGAAGGUGGGAUGGUGGCUCCUGCUGUAUCUGUGACUUCACACACCGAAUCGUCGAAACUUUGGAAAGCUAUCAAGGAGUAUGUGGCAGCUGUAGGAUUACAAUUAUCCGAGCGUAUGAUUAUUUGCUAA